AAAGGAAACGUGUGAAAAAUAACGGCCGAGGUGGAGGCCCGUGCGCGCUCUCCCGGGCCGAGCAAUCCCAGGCUGGGCCGGCCGUCCACCGCAUCCCCCUUCCGUUCACGCCUUCACGGUCGUCUCAGCAACCAGCUCGGACCCGUUUCGCUCUCCGAGUCUCCGACGGCUCACGACUGGUGUGUCUCACCCCACACUCGCUCGCUCUCCGACGACUGGUGGGCCGCCGCUGCCCUGCGCCAGCCGCCAGGUGCUGAGGCCUUCGUUGAUCUAUUCGCCAGCGACGAGCGCCCACCAGGCAAGCUUCUGCUGCUCUGCAUGCAAUGAUGAACUAAUGAUUGUUGUUGAUAACAGAAACUUGCUGUUGGUUUUUGUUCACAUAUUACUAUUGGCAGCCAAAGAGUUCUACAACCUGCAUUGCACAUCUUAUUAUUAGAUAACUAAUCCUGUGAUUACUACUAUACUGUGCUAGCCACUUCAUAGUCUAGCAUUUUUGCAACGAUACCAACUUCACGUGUUUACAUGGAAUGCAACAGAGAUGAAGCUGCUAGAGCAAAAGCUCUGGCAGAAAGAAAAAUGAUGGACAUGGAUUUUAUUGGUGCAAAAAAGAUGAUUAUGAAGGCGCAGCAACUCCUCCAAGAAGUGGAUGACGUUGACAUUCCAAAAAUGUUAACUGUUUGUGAUGUUCAUUGUGCUGCUGGAGCUAAGGUGAAUACUGAGAUUGAUUGGUAUGGAAUACUGCAAGUACCUGUAAAUGCUGACGACGCACUGAUAAAGAAACAGUAUCGUAAGCUUGCCCUUUUGCUACACCCUGAUAAGAAUAAGUUUGGAGGUGCAGAGGCAGCAUUCAAAUUAGUUGGAGAAGCAAACAUAACUCUUACAGACCGGUCAAAACGUUCUGUGCAUGACAUGAAAAGAAGAACAUUCAGGAGUGUUACAGCAAGACCCAGUCAUCAGCCACCAAAAAGACCUGCACCUGCUAGAUCUAGUUCUACUCCUGUGAAUCUCCAUACUAUGCAUCAGCAACAUCAGUAUCAAGCCUCAGAUCCUACAGGGCCGCAAACAACAUUCUGGACUAUUUGUCCAGCUUGUGGCAUGAAAUAUCAGUACUACCUCUCGAUCUUGAAGAAGGUUUUGCGCUGUCAGAAUUGUUUGAAGUCAUUUAUCGCACAUGAUUUGAAGGACCAAGCUAUUCCUUCUGGUGCAAAUCAGCGAUCUGCCGGGGUUUGGAAAAAUGCAGGCACACCACAGAACUCUGCAGGACCUCAAUCAAAUGUCACUGGUCAGAAAGGCUGGUCUGCCACUUCAGGAGUUCAUGUUAAUACCAGUUCUCAUCAUGCUAAUGUGAAUACAAAGCGGAAAGCUGAUGGUAACGCAGGUGGACUGAAAAACAAAAUGAAAUCUGCACAGUCCACCAGGAAACCUUCAAAAGCUUCAUCAAGUGCUGGAUUGAAAAGGGGCAGGAGGGCGGCAUUUGAAUCCAGUGAAUCUAGCAUAUCAGAAACCAGUAGCGACAGUGAGGAAGAGAUUCUAAAACAUGGUCCUUCUGAAAAUAGGGCAGGGCCAGGUCAACAAACUCGCAGAUCUAGCAGGCAGAAGCAAGAAGUUAAGUAUAAUGAGGAUAGUGAUGAUGAUAAUUAUGAUGCUGAAGAUGGUAACACAGUUGAGGAUGAUUUUUUUGGCUCUCCUGCUUUGAAAAGGUUGAGAAAAGGUGGCCUGUUCCAUGGCGAUCACAGUACUAAAACAGCAAAGCUGAAUGAAGACACCACUGGACAUAAUGGUGUGAGUAGCUGCAGUAACAUAAAAGGUAAAAAGAAUGGUGGUUUGCCAUGUGAAGAGAAAACUUCCAAUUGUGUUGAGCAGAUGAAGAGAGAACCAAUGCAUGUUGGAGAAAAUAGUGAUGGCAAAGAAGAGCUAUUUCAUUCUAUCAGGAACAAUGGUCUUGGUCUAAACGAUGAUGAUGCUUCAGAUGAUAACAAAUUCACUUUCCCAGAUCCUGAAUUUUUUGAUUUUGACAAACUUCGAGAUGCAAGUCAAUUUAGAGCCAACCAGGUCUGGGCUGUCUAUGAUGAUCAAGGUUGUAUGCCUAGAUUUUAUGCUCGAAUCACAAAGGUAAAAAUGGUUCCAAAGUUUAUGCUAAACUUUAUGUGGCUGGAGUUCAAUCCUGCAAAUAAAGCGGAGGAGGCAUGGUCUUACAGGGGUCUGCCUGUUGCAUGUGGACACUUUACGCAUGGACAGUCAGAGACAACGAGUGAAAUUGGUAUGUUCUCCCAGAUUAUAUCAUUAGAGAGAAGCAAGACAAACAACUUCUAUGAAAUAUAUCCAAGGAAAGGUGAGGUUUGGGCCCUUUUUAAGGGAUGGGAUAUUGGUUGGAGCUCAGAUGCUGGCAAUCACAAAAAAAUGAACCAUCGUUAUGAAGUUGUUCAAGUUCUUUCUGAUCUCAUCACGAGCACUAGCAUUAUUGUCAUGCCACUUGUGAAGUUAAAAGGCUAUGUUAGCUUAUUUGUGCAGUCUGGAGAGGCAGCUCCGUAUGUGAUACCUCAGGGUGACACACUAAGAUUUUCUCAUUGUGUCCCGCAUUAUUUGAUGAGCGGAACUGAAAAAGAAGGCAUUCCAGAAGGAUCUCUUGAACUUGAUCCUGCAGCGCUUCCCUCCAACUUGGAAGAGGCUUUUCCUUCUGCUAACCCAGAAUGCAGUUCUGUAAGAAGUAAGGAGCAUAACUCCAAACAUGCUGGUUUGUCCAGUGAAGAUUGCAAAGAAACCAUGAAUGUGGGGCAGCGGCAACAGACAAAAUCUGUGAAUGCAGGGAUCGCUACAAAAACACCAAAUGAAGAGAAAAUCAAGCAUAACACUCAUCUGCCUGAAGUUACAGAUGUCGAUGACGAUAACAUUUGCCAAACAGAGUAUGUAUGCGCUGAAUCAGAAUUCUAUGAUUUUUCAAGAAUAAGAUUUCUCCAAAAGUUUUCAUCUGGGCAAAUCUGGGCUCUCUAUAGUGAUAUAGAUAAAUUCCCCAAUUACUAUGCAUUCAUACAGAAAGUCGAUCUUAAAAAUGGUACAGUACAAGUUAGAUGGCUGGAUGUCUGUCCUCGAGGAGAAGUGGAGAAAAGAUUGUCCCAAGAAGAACGGACCAUUGGCAUUGGAACCUUUAGGCUUGGCUAUAUCUUCGAUAUGAUGACUUACACUGGUACAGAUCCCUUUUCUCAUCCUGUUAAGGCCAGAGCUACUGGCAGAAAAGGUGAAUAUGAAAUACUUCCUCGUCAUGGUGAGAUAUGGGCGGUUUACAAAAACUGGGAGGCUGUAUGGACUGCACAGGAUUUUGAAAAAUGUGAGUAUGAACUGGUGGAGAUACUUGGCCAUACUGAUUCCUCCAUACAAGUUCAGCUUCUAAGGAAGGUCGAUGGUUAUAAGAUGGUAUUUAUGUCAUACAGAGCAGAGGGUUCUGUGAUGACAAUAAGGAACGAUGAGUACCCCAAGUUCUCUCACCAGAUUCCUUGCUUUCGUCUCACACAUGAAAAAGGUGGCAAGCUUCGAGGCUAUUUGGAGCUUGACCCCUUAUCAGUACCAGAGGAAUUUCUCGACUGAUUCCAUCUGAGAUAAACUUUAUCAACCACAAAUCUGGAACCUUCUUGUGAUGAAGUUUCUGUAACUGAGGCUCAGUUAAUGUUAAGGUCGACAGGUCAACAUUGUUCAAAUGACACUGACAUAAGAUGUCUGGAUUUCAGCAUUCGUAGCACUAACGUUCUUAAGGCUCUGUUCGUUUAGUCCGGAUUGGAGGCCAGAACCAUUCCAACUCAUCAAGCUAAUACAAAUUUGUGAACUAUUCUAAUCCGGAACCAAUCCAGUAAAGUAUUCCGGAAGAACCGAACGGGCACUAAAGGUGGACUACCAAUCUGCACAAUGAAGGCAUUGACUGUUGGACUCUUUGCUGGGUGGCUGUCCUGCAGCUGUAAUUCACAAGCCGAGUAAAUUGUUUGUAGUUAGCUUCAGCUGUAUCUGGGGUUUAUGGUGUAAAAACUGCCACUUCUCUUGUAGUGUACUCUGGUAGUGCUGUAUUUGAGCUGUGGGGUGCCAUCCUGAUUAAUUAUCAGAGUUCUAUUGGCCACCCUUACAGGAACUGAAACAUGAAAUGGAGUCAGCCAGGUCAGGCUCAUCGAUCAAUGUGUUAUGAUUGUGUUGUUUUGCAGGGGACAAGGCCUCUUUCUAUUCGCAUUUCUCUGUAUAUACAAGUUACACUUACACGUCA